CCGCCGGUGUGAUACGUUACGGGCACCCGUCGCAGUACUCGUCAGUUCCACCGGAGCAACCGAACUGCGCACCUGCCGGACGGAACAUCCGCACACCGCUUGUCCCGUAACGACGUCUUUGUGUUCGGGAAAAUCGUACCCGAUCGUUUCCCUCGGGGUUGAACGCACGGACGGUACGUUGUCCCCCGGUACGAACACGCGCGGUGAACUCGUAUAGUCGUCCGGAUCGCAAAACGAAAUCACCUGAACCACUUUCGGGCCAACAGGAUGACUGCCACUCCGCAAAUGGAUAAUUACAACCCAAACUGUCAGAGUACAACUCAACAAUCAGAAAUUCAAUCGUUUUAUAAUGAUACGACUGUAUUUUUGACGGGUGCUACUGGAUUCAUGGGAAAUCUAAUACUGGAAAAAUUAAUAAGAACUUGUUCCGGCGUGAAAAGAGUAUAUAUUUUAAUCAGAGAGAAGAAAGGGAAAACUACCGAAGAUAGAUUUAAAGAACUAUUCGAUGACCCUAUAUUUUCAUUAAUGAAAAAAGAACAACCGAAAUACUCAGAAAAGAUCUCUGCUGUUAUUGGUGAUUGUAAUAUGCCGAACAUGGGAAUAGGUGAACAAUACAUGGAAAUUCUUAAAAAUGAAGUGAACAUAGUCAUACAUUCCGCCGCUACAGUUCGAUUCGACGAACAUUUAAGAACUGCCGUAAAUAUUAAUAUAAAUGCUCUAAAAGAUAUUUUGAAACUAAGCAGAGAAAUAAAAAAUUUAAAAUCAUUCGUUCAUAUUUCGACUGCGUAUUCAAACUGUGCUGGAAGGGAUGUUGUGGAUGAGGUGUUUUACCCAUCACCUAUUAGUGGAGAAAAAUUAUCAAACCUUGUUAAUUCUCUCGAUGACGAUUAUAUCAACAGAAUCACACCUGCACUCUUGGGAGAAUGGCCAAACACAUAUGCCAUGACAAAAGCCAUUGCCGAAGGUGAAAUAAUUAUUCACGGCAAAGGAUUACCUGUGGGCAUCAUAAGGCCAUCGAUGAUUAUCGCCACAUCCGAUGAACCCUUAAGCGGAUGGAUCAAUAAUUUCUACGGGCCGACGGGGGUCGUAGCAGCUACUGGAAUAGGUCUGAUGCGGGUCAUGAUCGCGGACCCCAAGAAAAUAGCAGACAUCGUUCCCGGAGACUACGUUAGCAACGCUGUUUUGGCUUGUGCAUGGGACAUACACAAUCAAUGGAAAGAGCACAACAACGCUAAUGAUGUAGUCAAAGACGACGGAUUAGAGAACGAUUCUUUCGUGCCACCUAUUUACAAUUACGUGUCUUCAAGUUCAAAUCCAUUGACGUGGGGUGAGUUCAUGGUGUACAACAAAAAAUAUGGAUACCAAAUGCCUUCUGUGAAAGCGAUCUGGCCGAUUCUGUUGAGACUGACGAAAUACCAUUUCGAAUACAUCAUUCUAUGUUUUCUUCUUCACAUCGUACCCGCAUUCGUCAUCGAUUCCAUUGCCAAACUUACCGGAAGAAAACCUCAGUUAAUGGAUGGAUAUAAGAAAAUGCACAAAUUUUCCAGUGUUAUAUCCUACUUCAGCUUAAAAUCAUGGGUGUUUCGAGACAACAACACGAGAUCUCUGGUACAGAAACUGUCAAAACUGGAUCGGACCUUAUUCAAUUUCGACAUUUCAAAACUGAACUGGGAUUCAUAUUUCGAAAGACACGUGGUAGGGAUUCGAACGUAUAUCGUGAAAGACCCAAUAGAAACUCUGCCCGAAGGGUUUAAACACUCUAGAAAAUUAUACAUGGCGUAUUACACAUUACUGUCGGUUUUUGCUGCGUUAUUCAUGUUAAUUUUGUACGGAAUUUUUUUGCUUUUCUUGUGAUUAAUAUAUACGCUGCGGUGCUUCUUAUUGCUCA